GUGAUUCGUUUCCACAGCGAUGUGGCCUUGUUGAAGGUUGACGAGAAAGAUUGCUUUGUCUUCUCCUUCGGCUGUUUGGUCUGCUGGGGAUGCACUCCUCAAGAGGUCAACGCCGCGCGGGACUCCGUGAAGAAUUUCUUGAAGGAACCGCUGACAUCCACACAGGUGGAGAUCGAUCAUCUCAACAUCGCGGGGGGUGAUGCAUUGCCCGCGUGCCACAAGGUGCAGGAACGCAUUGCCAUCGCCUACUCGUUGGCUCAGUCUGUCCGCCUCAGUUUCUGGGAACAGCGCAUUGACGAGUGGAUAGCAGCCACACGCAACAUCCCAGAAGACAUGGCUCGCACAGGCCGUGUGCUCCUGAGCAGCCAGCACGUUGCGAAGAUGAUGGGAGAGCUUUUCGCGUUGAAAAACCAGGUGAAUCUUGAGUUCGACACUCUUGACACCCCCGAUGUGUUCUGGGAGUUUGAAGAAGCCGAGCCCAUCUACGUCUACGCCAGGCAGCAUUUGGACGUGGACCGCCGGAUCCACAUCGUGAAUCACCGUUUUGAGGUGCUUGAGGACAUGUUUGACGUUCUCAAAGACAAGUUGGAUGAAAGACAAGGGAGCAGGCUCACCUGGAUCAUCAUUUGGCUUUGUGCCCUGGAGACUGUUUUCUCGGCUCUCAAGAUCAUUUGGACAGCCGGGCUCCUCCCAGCUGUGAAAGAUGCCGCACACUGGCUCCUGGAAAGUGCGUCAUGGUCCAAUGGCACUGUCCCAUCGAACACCAGUUCACUGGCAUCAAUGCAGACGCGGCCAGCCUCUAUCCAGGAAGCGCCGCGCGACUACAUCUUCGUUUUGCCCAUACUGGGCACCCUCGGUGCUACGUGGCCCCCUCCGCGGUGUUUCCUGGAAGACGAUGAGGGCGAGGUACUGACUUCCGAUAAGGAAUUGGCGGAAGCCAUGGAGGGUAAAAGUGUCCCAGCCCUGGUUCUGCGAUGCCUCCACGCGGCGCUGAGGUGUCCUCAGGGCUAUAGCACAGCAUCGGACGCUGCAUUAGCUGCGCUGCUUGAGCAGCUGCUGUCUAUCUCCUUGACGGCCGACUGCCACGCAGCUUUGGCCUUUCUGCGGGAAGCGGCACUCCUGCUUCGAAGGCACCGUCGCCUGUACUCCCUGCUUGACGUGGAGGGCGGGAUUUUCGGCCUGGGGGGUGUAGCUGACAAGUCCGUGACACUUGCAUGGUAUUUCCAGGGCAUCAGCUGCUCACUCUCGCCGGUCUUGGCGAGUGCUGCACAGGCGUUACCCUCCAGCAUCCCAAAGCGGAACGAGGUCAUCGCUGAUCUUUUCCCCUUCAAGGACUCACAUCAGUGGCUUGCGGGAGAAGUUGUACGGCAUUUCGGUGCAGCUGAGGACAUUCCGAAGCAAACGAGCAGAAGAUCCAAGCUUGCCAGCUUCGUGUCUGAAUCAGAACUGAGAGCAACUUGCGAGUGA